AUGAAAUCGAAAGUUUUAUAUUUUUUACUUUUUUAUAAUUUAAUAUUAUUUUGCUAUACUUUAAAGAUAAGAUAUAUAAAAAAUCAAGUUAAUUCACAUUUUCUUUGUUACAUUAAAAAAGGCAAUUAUUUGAAUAGUAGUAACAAACAUUUUUACAUAAGAAAAAAAAAUAUAUCAAAUAAUAAAUUUAAUCUAAAUGAAAAGAAGGAAGAUGAUAUUUUACCAUUUAUAAAUAAUUCAAAGAACCAUAAUAUUUUUCGGAAUAAAUAUAAUUAUAUACCAUCAGUAGAUGAAGUAAAAUCAGAUAUUGAGAAUUUUAAAAAAGAAAAAUCUUUUUAUUUUACUGAACACAGUAUACUUGAAUUAAUAAAUAUAGAAGAUAAUAUUGUUGUAAUAAAUAUUGAAGGAAAGUUUUUUGAAGAUAUUAAUGUAGUAUUUACAGAAAUAACAAAAUAUCUACUGGAUAAAUAUUUAGGUAUUUUAGGUGUUCAUCCAUAUAAUAUAAAAUCAUUGAACAUUAAUAAUGAAAAUUAA